UCGUGACCCUGCCAACUUGUGGUAUGCCCACUUGUUUUUGGAAGGCGAAUCCCACACACCAGAAGACUUCGACUGGCUGGUGGACUACCUCGACUACAUCUAUUCCGACGACCACGAAGCGGCGUAUGUCAUCCUUUUGCUACUGGGUAACAUGGGAGUGCGCUGCAGCCCCGCUAAACAACAUCUAUUCGUUGAGAGGCUCAUCGCCUGCAUGGACAGCACCAUGCCUUCCCAUUUACGCCAGGCCGCUCUUCGCGCUGCUCACAGUGCUCGAGAAGAAAUGGCCUCGAUCGAUGCUAUUGAUGAUGCGAGGCUACGGGACAUGGUUUUGACCAAGCUCUCCCCCGUCAUCCUGUCCGUGGUUUGCCCGCCACCAGGUGCAACACCCGAUGAAUAUCCUGACCCCACUACCAAUUAUCCCCGUAACUUGUGCUAUCUGGAACUAGUCUUUGCCCUUGCGAGGAAUUCCAACUGGUACCCCCAUUUGUUUGGGGAUCGUCAUAUUGAUCGGUGCAUUAGCAUGAUACCAGAGUACUGCAAAUCCGAAUCCUACGGCCAACAUGCCUUUUAUAUAACUGGAAUCCUUCUCCGAAUUGCACCUGAGCAGAAGUCGGUUACAUCACUCGAUUCUAUUACAGAGCAGCGGUGGUGGGACGCCAUGAGAAGCGCAUGGAACCGUCCUCCCCAUGACAUUCACAACACACGCUAUUUCAAGCCCCUUCUUGUCCUUGUGGAUGGCACAAAGAAGUAUAUGCAGAUUGCACCGAAAUCUGAUCUCGAGUCGCUCAUCGAAAAUGUGGAUCGGUUUCUCGCAAGACUGGAGCGGGACAUGCAACGGCAGAGGCGACGGCAGGAGACGGGAUUGGAGAUGGAACCGGAGAUGCCAAGUUUAGAGCAGAGAGAGGGGAUCACCAUUGCUGUGAAGGAGUUGAGGACUGCAGCCAGCAACAAGCUGGAGAGCUUUGAUCAACAAUUAUUAGUCCCCUGAUUAAGACGGUGCUUGCAUGAACGCAAGUGGGUGCGUACAACCCCAAGAACGAGUUCAAGCGCAGUGUGGGUGAUGUGAGGGCGAAGAAGCUGGUUGUUCUUGGACUUGGGAAGAAGCCUUUGAGCGUUGUUUUGGAUGGCGGGAGGGAGCUUGAGUGGGAGUUUGCCUCAGAGGGUGGAGUGUUGGUCGUUAAAGAUCCUGCAGUGCGCGUGGUGGAUGAUUGGGCUAUCGUUGUGAAGUUGGAGUGAGAUAUCAUGUUGAUGAUGUUUAGAUCAUUUGUGCUUUGCGUUGUGAAUGUUCAUUGCUUUCAUGUUUUGGUCUAUCAUCCCGUGCACGAACAUGGUCGGAC